GCGGAAGAGGGCGGUGAGAGCGGCGGGAGGGAGCGCUGAGGGGCGGCCGGGAUGGAAUCCGCCCCUCAGCCCGGUGCCAUGGAGGCCCUGCACGAGGCGGGGAUCCGCGCCGCCGUGGCCCUGCAGGCCGGGCCGGCCUGGCUGGAGCGCUUCUGGCUGUUCCUGACGUCCCAGCUGGAUCCCAAAUCCGUCUACACCGUGUUCUUCCCGCUGGCGCGCGCGCUGGCCCCGCGCUGUCCCUGCCGCAGGUUCCUGUUCGGGGAGCGCCCGUACUGGUGGAUCCACGAGUCGGGGCUCUCCAGCCGGGAGCAGCUCCCGCUGCGCCAGUUCCCGGUCACCUGCGAGACGGGCCCAGGGAGCCCCUCGGGGCACUGCAUGAUCCUGGCGGCGGCCCUGUGGCCGGUUGUCACCGCCCUGAGCGAGGAGGUGUCCCGGUGCACCCGGAGCCGGCUGCUGAGGCUGACCCCGUUCCUUGCCUACAUCGUCCUGCUGGUGGCCAUGGGGCUCUCCCGCAUCUUCGUGCUGGCCCACUUCCCCCAUCAGGUGGUCACCGGCUCCCUGGCAGGGAUGGCUCUGGGCUGGGGGCUGCAGCGCUGGCCCCCCAACUUCCUCAAGUGCCGCUUCUUCCUGCUGACGGCUCUGGGGCUGCUCCUGGGCGCGCUGGCCCUGCACGGGCUGGCCACGGCCGCGGGGCUGGACCUGGACUGGUCGCUCGGCCGGGCCAGCUCGCGGUGCUCGGAGCCGGGCUGGCUGCGGCCCGAGACGCGGCCCUGGGCCUCGCUGUGCCGGGCGAGCGGCAGCGCGCUGGGGCUGGCGCUGGCCGCCCGGCGCCCGCUGAGCCGCCGCGCCGCCGAGGAGCUGCGGGCGCUGGAGCCGCCGCUGGGCAGCGCCGCGCUGGGGCUGCUGGCCCUGGACGUGCUGCACAAGCUGCCCAAGAGCGAGGACACGGCGCUCUGGUACCUGAGCGUGGGCGCCCGCUACGCCCUGGGGCCCGUGCUGGUGGGCUCCCUCGUGCCCCAGCUCAUCCUCAUCCUGCGGCGGCUGCGGGCGACCCCCUAGACCCCCCUCUGGACCGGGGAGGGGGGAUCUGCUCCCGGUGCAUCGCAGCACAGGGACCCCCACGCUGACCGGGGGGCGCCUGCUCUGUUAGUAGUUCAUUCUCACGCUCCU